AUGCCCAAUCUACUAAGUCUACCCACCGAAUUGAUCACGCUCAUCGGUUCGUUUCUCAAGGCAGGGGUCAUAGGCCUUCUCCGCCUCGUCAACAAAGAGCUUCACACAAAGACAUGGCGCAGCUUCUGUCUUCGUUUCAAAACCGUGAAGGUAUCUUUAAUUCGCAUCAGCAUACAAGUACUGAGUGAUGCUGCGUUAUCCCCCGACAUCGCUAACGAGAUCAAGCACAUGAUCAUCGGCACCGAAACACUUGAACAAUACGAACAUGCACCGACGUCAUAUCCCCGUGCGCUGCGUGCUAUGAUAGCCACCGAGGGCAAGGCCGUCGACUUGCGCAUUUGGCUGCAAAACCUCAUCGUCCAAAAGCUACCUAACCUGCGUACAAUCACAUUAGAAGAUCGUCCCGAAGAUCCCGACAGCGAAGACUACCGUCCAAGUAUGGGAAGUGUGGAACUCCUGCGAAGAGCUGGCGUCGAUUUGAGUUUGAACGGCCCAUACGGUCUAUCUAUCUGGGACAAUCCCCGUCGAGGAGACGAUCGAUCUUUUCCCGUGGUAUCGCGAUUGAUAUUGCGCGAGCUACGGCUAUUCGCAACAAUCGGUUGUCUCAAGUUCCGAACCAUCGGCGCCUAUAUGCCGCUCAACGUCCUCUUGAUGACCAAGCGACACCUGCGUAUGCGUCUCUGCUGGUUCACCACUGAUAUCAUCGCUCGCGGGUCGCGCUGGUUCAUGACACGCUGUGGUCACCAGCCUGGUGAGCUCUUCCAAUUUGGUCUUGACUUCCACAUGUUGCUGUUCGAGCCGUUCCAGUGCUUUCUUACUCCUUCUGGCUGA